AUAAUCUGCUGGAGACCUGAGAAAAAUAGACCUCUAUGUCCUAUUUUAAUAUCAAAUCAGCUUUUUGAUAAAGUGAAGUAAGCUGUUAAAAGCAGUGAAAAAGAUUUAACGUUUAUUAAGAAAAUAUGAGGACGCUGCGUAAAAUAAAGAACGUUGUAAAAUGGAAAAACAAGCAGGAUGAUUGCCAGGUACUAGUAAAGGAAUCGAUAAAACUUCACCAGGAACUAGAAUUGGAUAGUAUCGAAACUUUAAAUAAUACUGAGGUUAGUAAGGAUGGUAAAUUUACUAGAGGAAAUGCAGAAGAUGAAACGGACGAUGAGGUGGAAUUAGAUGAAUUAAUAGAGAAAAAUGACAAUAAAUCGAAAAAACAAAAGCGUAAGGAGAAACGAAAAAGAAUGAGAAAACGUUGUUGGAAAAUGUGUAGAAGAACAUUUAAAUAUUUAAGAAUUGGAUUUACACAAUGGGCAAAUAUGACAAACUUUGGUUUCUUCCCAACAGAUUUCAGAUCGUACUCUAACAAAGAAAGGGCUUACUACAACUGAGAUCAUACCUGACUGAAAGCCUAUACAUAUAUCUAAUAUAUGAGUUUAUUUUCCUAUAUUAUCGUGGAUAUUUAAGUCUCAAAAGAAUAAAAAUUCUUUUAAUGAUAUGUUUUCUAUUAUUGUUUUUUUUUAAAUAUAUAUUAAACCAGAUGGCACUAAAUGUCUAUACGUCUAUGCAAUUGUAUAUAUCCUCUAUAUAUUUUUAUGUAUUUUUCAAGCAAUAGAAAUUCUUCUUGUUAUCAAAACAAACGAAAAUUGUUAUGUUUCUUUUUUCUAUGUUUUCGUAUAUUCCGAUAUUAAAAUCACUUAAAAAAAUGAUAUACAGUAUAAAACACAAUAGAUAAAAUUGUAUCUCCAUUGUAAAUUCAUUUACAAAUCAGUAAACACGUGUUUUAAAUGAAAAACCAUCAAUACGGAAAAUUUUUAUUGAUUUGUUCCAGUAGUUUAUUAAUGCUUUACUCUACAUUUAUUCAAUAGUAAACGUACAGUGGAAUUCGUUAAUAAAUCAUACUAAUCAUUUGUUUUUUAAUAUUAAAGAAAUAAAUUCGAAUAGGCACUUUUUGUUUAAUAUUGCAGCGUAUCUUUUAGAUAUUGGCUGCUGUUUUAUUUAUCUUUCCUAAUCUAUUCUUUUCCGUCUAUUUUCUCCAUCCUCUUUCGUUGAUUAUCCCCACUCCACCUACUCUGAUUUCAAAUAAGGUAAGUAGUUUUAAACUGGACGGGAACCUAUCGUCUCUAAUGAAC